UCCUCCUGAUCCUGGGCCCAGCUGCCCAGCCACCAGCCCUCCUCCUCCUCCUCGGUCCAGAGGCUGCUGCUGGAGGCUCCCGGUGCGGACGCAGCCAUGAGCGGCGGAGAGGUGGUCUGCUCGGGAUGGCUCCGAAAGUCGCCGCCGGAGAAGAAGUUGAAGCGCUACGCAUGGAAGAGGAGGUGGUUUGUGCUUCGCAGCGGUCGACUGACAGGGGAUCCAGAUGUCCUGGAAUACUACAAAAAUGACCAUGCCAAGAAACCAAUUCGUGUCAUUGACUUGAACUUAUGUCAACAAGUGGAUGCUGGAUUGACAUUUAACAAAAAAGAAUUCGAAAAUAGCUAUAUUUUUGACAUUAACACCAUAGACAGAGUCUUCUACUUAGUGGCUGACAGUGAAGAGGAAAUGAAUAAGUGGGUUCGAUGUAUUUGUGACAUCUGUGGGUUCAAUCCUACUGAAGAAGAUGCUGUGAAGCCACCUGGCAGUUCUCUGCCAGUUACAACUGAAUUACCCUUAGCUGUCAACACUUCCCUGCCAUCUGUACAACCUGAACCAUCCCUACCACCUCCAUAUCAGCUAAUUAACAUACCACCAGUAGAAUCUGCCUCAAGUCAAGAAGAUCCACAAGACUACCUGUUACUGGUCAACUGUCAGAGCAAGAAGCCAGGACCACCAAGCUGUUACAUUUUCUCAGAAGAAGGAGAGGAGUAUUUACUGCUGGAGGAUUUUGAAAGUAAAAAAGUUCCAUUGCAGUCACAGGCUGAUGCAGCAAAAACGGCCACUUCUGAAACAGACUGCAAUGAUAAUGUACCUUCCCAUAAAACAUCUGUGCAAUCAUUGAACAAGCAUACAGUGAAUGGAUUUUUUCAACAGUCAAGUGUGUAUGACUCUCCCCCAUCAAGGGCUGCCUCAGUGUCAGUAGAUGGUAGCCUUUAUAAUCUGCCAAGGAGUUAUUCGCAGGAUGUUUUACCAAAAGCAUCUCCUUCAGCAACUGACACAGAUGGAGAGCAACAUGUUUUCAGUGCCCCAUCUAAUACAUCUUCUCUUGAUGCACAAAUGAGGCAUUUCUCCAUUAGUUAUGACAUUCCUCCCACACCUGGAAGUACUUACCAGAUUCCACGAACUUUUCCAGAAGGAUCAUUGGCUCAGAGUUCAAAACUUGAGACAAUUCCAGAUGUUCCUCCACCUCGGCCACCAAAACCUCAUUAUUCUUCAGACCGCUCCCCUGUGGAACCAUGUAGUAUCUCCCGUACUUCCUCAGACACCGAUAGCAGCUACUGCAUCCCUACAGGGAACAUGCCCCCUUCACGCAGCAACACUAUUUCCACCAUGGAUUUCAAUGUAUUCCGCAGAGAUAUUGGUUCUCAAGAUUGCUAUUUUGUUCCACGAACAUUUGCAAAUGACAGAUCAAGUUCACUAGAAGGCUUCCAUAACCACUUUAAAAACAAAAGUCUGUUGACUGUAGGAAGUGUUUCAAGUGAAGAACUGGAAGAGAAUUAUGUCCCCAUGAACCCAAACUCUCCCCCACGCCAGCAUUCUAGCAGUUUUACUGAACCUAUCCAAGAAGUGACGAACUAUGUGCCAAUGACUCCUGGCACUUUUGACUUUUCGUUGUUUGGAAUGCAAGUCCCUCCACCAGCGCACAUGGGUUUUAGGUCCAGUCCGAAGACCCCUCCUAGAAGGCCAGUCCCUGUUGCAGAAUGUGAACCACCGCCUGUGGAUAGGAACCUCAAGCCAGACAGAAAAGGUCAGAGCCCUAAAAUUUUAAGACCUAAGCCACAUGGUUUAGAGCGAACAGAUUCACAAACCAUAGGUGAAUUUACUACAAGAAGAAAGGUAAAACCAGCACCACUGGAAAUAAAACCUCUCCCCGAAUGGGAUGAAUUGCCAGCUCCAGUUAGAUCUCCCAUCACCAGAACUUUUACACGAGAUUCUUCCAGGUUUCCAUUGUCUCCUCGGCCAGAUUCCGUUCACAGCACAACAUCUAGUAGUGACUCGCAUGACAGUGAAGAGAAUUAUGUACCCAUGAAUCCAAAUCAGUCCAGUGAUGAUCCAAUUUUGUUUGGAAGUAGCAGCCUUGAUGGAGGAAGCAGCCCUAUGGUAAAACCGAAAGGUGACAAGCAAGUGGAAUAUUUAGAUUUGGAUUUAGACUCUGGAAAAUCUACCCCUCCACGCAAGAAAAAGAGCAGUGGCUCAGGCAGCAGUGUGGCUGAUGAAAGAGUUGAUUAUGUCGUGGUUGACCAACAAAAAACAUUAGCACUGAAGAGUACACGGGAAGCUUGGACUGAUGGCAGGCAAUCUACAGAAUCUGAAACACCAAUAAAAAAUGUAAAAUGAAUAAACACAUCCCUUCAUCAUCCUGUUUAAAUGUUUGUAAAAAGUUCUACAGUUAUAACAUUGUUUAACAGAAGAGAACUGGACAUUUCUUCAACUACAUUUUUUUUCAAACAUAAAAAAAAUAAAGAGGACAACAUCAUGAGAUGAAACAGUAAUCUGUAUGACUGGGUGAACAGUAUGGUGUAAUAUUUGUAAAAUAGUAUUGCUUCGGUCCCAGAAAACAUUUUGGCCCCAAGUUAAUACAUUUGUAGUAUUACAAUGCACUUUUUUCCUGCUAAAAUGUUGGUUCAGCUUUCCCUACCUAAUGUAUUUUAACACUUUCCUCCCCUUUGACACUACUAUGUAACACUCUACGAAUUAAGCUACUUGUAUGAUAUUAAAAUUAAGGUCUGAAGUGCAUUUUAAUAGCUCAGUAAUUAAUUAGAGAUAGUUUCACAAUUUUAAUCUACUUGAAAUGUCAAAAAUGAUUUAUUAAAUACCUAUGUUUUAUAUUUAAUACAUGCAAAGAAUAUCUGGAAGUCUACAGGUUACCUUCCUAAGAGAAAUGGCUGUGAGUUAAUAAUAAUAGUCUUUAUUGGUUUUAGGAUUUACCUUUCUGUCUUUUGUAUGCAAUAGCACACUAAUAGAGAAGCUCCUGGUGUAUUUUUACUGAUUACAGUGUUCAUUAUUCAGUGAGUAAAGAUUCUGCAGGGAGGGAUCUUUGCACUGAAUAAUUAAACACAACAUAAUCUUGCACACUGACAAUGGUGUGCAGUAUGAGUGAGCUAAACACUUCAUUUACAAACCAUAACUUUUACAUUAUUUACAGAAGGUAGAGUCUCUAACAUCAGGUACGUACCCUAGCACUGUGGUGCUAACACACUUAUCAGGUUUGAACAAUAUAUUUUAAUGUUCUACUGCUACCAGACUUUAGUAUUGGUUUUUAAUAUGAAAAUUAAUGAAACAGUUUGACAUUCACUGUUUUAGUACUAGAAGAUACUGUGAUAUUUUUGUGUUUAAAGUAGAUUGCAAUUCAUAUGCAAAUACUAUGUCUUGACACCAUAGUGCUCUUUUAAUGAUCCUUAUUAUGCCUAGUUCUCCACUUGGCCUUAUAUUUAAAUUCCUAUGCAAUUGGUAUCUUUUAACAUCUUGGUGUUUUUUUUUAAUAUGUCAUGACAAAGUUAUCCCAUCUUUUUAAAAAAACAAGCCUCUCCCCUAGGUACAGAAUUCAUAUCAAGUACUUUGAUUUCUUGAUUCAUAACUCCUUCAUAACAUAGAAGCAACUCCAAAUUUAGAAACUGAGGGGCUAAAAAGACAGGCAAAAAGAGGUGCUUUCAUGCUGACUUGAAGGUGUGGUGUUUAGAUGAGACAUGCAUUGAAGCCAGCAAGAAAGUGCCCUUCAGCAGAGAAAAGCUGUUUCAAAAAGAAGCAGCUUUUUUCUGCUUCUUCCUGGCUUGAAGCCAUAUCAUGUGGUCAUGACAUGAGCACUCCAGCUGCCUUGGGAGCCGGCGGUCCAGUUGGUGGGGUUUCAAUGUGGCUUUAGAAAGACAGCUUCAAGCCACUUUUUCCUGCCUAUCUGUUUUGCUCCUGAAUUUUGCAGAAGGAAGAAAAGAUAGCUGUCUUUAAAAUAUUCCUUAAUAAAUUCAUUAAUCAUGUCAUCUUGGAAAACAUCUACUAAUUCUCUCGUACAGUAACAUUCAAGUAAGGUUUUUUUUUGUUCUCCAUACCUCCUAAAUAUCGAAUGAACUUAGAUACUGGCCUUAAUAACUGUGCCUAAUCAAUCAUUUCUCUGCCACCUCCAAUUCAACAGUUUGUAAAUCCUUUUUAUUCCUAACAAGGUUUCUUUUAAAAUUAGAAAUAUUUUGAUGUUUUGAGUGUUGUUUUUUUUAAAAAAAAACUAAACAUAUUGCAUUUUGAGAUGAAUUUUAAAUAAAUUCAAAUUGUUCUGUU